AUGAGUCUAAGCCCACUCAAGCCGCUGGGCAGCAGCAAACUGCCUCUUGGCGGUCCGUCCAGCCCACCGAAGCUCGCAACGCUUCAAAUGCCUGCGCUCAGUGGAACCUUUGGCCAACCCGAGUCGCCAAAGAAGCUUCUCAGCGCCGUCCAGCCGUCAGCACUGGCGUCCUUCGCGCAGAGAGAAGCCUCGCGCAGCCCAACAGCGUCCUCACUCAACAAGUACGCGACCUUGGCGGCACCCAAGACGUCGGACGCCGAAGAGGAAACGCCAGCACAGAAAGGCCCGUCGUGCGCCGAGGCCAAGGCAGCGACCGACGCGUCGAGUGACAGCGACAAUAGCCGUGCUGCUCAGAGCAAGUGCGAACUCUCCGAGUCGUCGUCGGACGACGUCGAGGAAGCCAAGCACAACGACAGCAAUGCAAACGAUGCGUCCGAUGCAAAAGUCGAGCACCGACCUAUAUAUACGGCCGAGUCGCCAGACCCGUCUCCGACGAUCAAGAGGCAGCCGCGUAGUACAGCUCAAGCCGCCAGUCUUUCCUUCCUGCGUGCCUCGGCCUCGGAGCAUCCGCUUUUGCAAGCGAUCGUUUCCGGCGAUGAUGCAUCGCUACGAGCGCAACUGGCUCGCAUGUCGCUUGGGCACCUCGUUUUUGUCAAAGACAUCGUCUACGAGCGCACGCCUCUGCAGAUUGCCUUGAUGCAGCCGUCGACCGACGCGGCCGAGGCCCUGCUUCGUUAUGUGCGCGACGCGACCAAGGACGAGCCGAGCAAACGGGCCUCGAGGCUUCUCGAGCUGCUCUUGCCGCUGGAUGCGUGUGGCUGCUCGGUGCUCCACCAUGCCGCGUGGAACCGCGUCAACGUGUGGCCGCCGCUGCUGCGCGCUGAGCCGCGGCUCGCGCAACUAUUCGCAUCGCACUUGCCACAGCUCGAUGUAUCGGAUGUGCUCGCAGGGCUCGAAGGCCUGGAUGUGUCGUCUGAUCGCUCCCGCGCCGCCAUCUACCUCGCCGACCACGCUGAGGACGACGCGACUAACAUUGCUCUCUCGGGCUCGCUGCUGCAAACUCCCUUGCACAAGAUUGCCGGGAAAGGGACAGUCAAUGCUCUCGAGAUGGCGCUCGCGCAGCAUCCAACACACGAUGUGAAUGCAGCGGAUGCCAACGGGUGGACCCCGCUCCACCAUGCGGCGCAGAACGCGUCCGAGGACGGUCCCGACAUGCUCGGGCAACUACUCAUGUGCGACACGAUCGACGUGGAUGCGGUCUCCAAUGCGAAGAGGACACCGCUGCACGUAGCCGCGGCAGCCGGGUGCCUUCCUAGCGUCCGCCUUCUCUUGCAAUUCGGUGCCAACGUCAACGCACGCGACGACCGCGGCUGUACGCCGCUGCAUGCUGCUGCGCUCCAUGGUGCUCUCGACGUCGUCCGGUGUUUCACCAACGACGUCGAUGGCUGCGAUGUUGCCGCCGUCUGCAAGCGAAAGCAAAAUGCACUCCACAUCGCCGCCAAGGCGGGGCAGAUUCCUAUUGUGCGCUACUUGGGCGCCUGGGACUGUGACGCCCAGCGCAUGCGGCGCGCGCUAGACACGCAAGGACGGACACCGCUCAUGAUCGCCCGCGAUGCCAAGACGAAGAAGGCCAUGGAUCAAAGCGGCUGGAUCGCCUCGAGCGACGGUCGACUGGACGCAGUGCAGCUUUGGCUUGCGAACGAGCCGGCAGCGUUGGACCUUGUGACGCCUCGUUGCGGGCGCAACGCUCUUCACCUUGCGGUCGAUGGGUUUCUUCGUCGCUGCAAGGCCAAGGACGUCAGCGAGUCCCAGCGCCGCCACUUGGCCGACGACUUUGGCGUGACACCGCUCAUGCUCGCCGCGAUCUCGGGCAGCGUCGCACUCGCUACCGUUCUCGUCGAGCAUCCUCAGCACGACGAGAACGCUCAAGACAUGGCUGGCAACUCGGCGCUGCACUACGCCUACGCGUUUACCAAAGCGCCCAUGGCUCGCUUUCUGGAGUCGCGCAUGGAAGCCCUUGCGCGACGAGAAAACCACGAUGGCCACAUGCCCUUGGACGUGUCGGGCUUCCGCUUCGACAUCCUUCCGUCACUUCAGUCGUUUAGCCCGCCGUCGCCCAAGAAAUCGGUAGCUCAAGCUGACGCCAAAGACGCGGGCGAGGGCAAGGACGACGCUGCGGAUGAUGGCAAGGACAGUGGGUCGGCGUGAGCAUCGUGGCAGAGCUGGGGCUCGAGGUACAUUGCC